AGACGGUUUUUCGUGAGCGUCGUUUGUGGCUCUCGUUUGAUGCACAUUAGCUCUGCUUCAGUAUGGGACACCAUACUCCUUUGGGCGCGUUCUCGUCUAAGUCUUUCGACAAACGGAGCGCCGGCCUGCCAAGUGUGCUGCGCGAAAAUCGCUCAGAGUCUACGGCGUUGGCGAUCGAAGGACGCUUUACAUGCGCCCCACCAUAGGGGGCUGCACAAGUUACCAGUACGCCUACUGACGUUAGUUCAAGACAAAUGCCUUAACUUUUUACAGCACCAUUAUCCUAUGUACUACCGCCCUGGUAUCACCACGAGCGCUUAGGUCAUCGAUACCCACCCAUCGUUUGACCCAUGGAGGAGCGCGUCGUCCAAGCGUCACGGGCGCGUGCUGCAGUGCGCUCACUCGUGUCCCCGUCCGACAGCUUCCAGACGGACAACGGCAUCAGCCGUGACGAGCAGGGUGACGCCAACCAGGUGACGGGCAGCUACAGCUACACGGGCGAUGACGGCGUGCCCGUCUCCAUCUCGUUCGUGGCCGACGCCAACGGCUUCCAGCCGCAGGGUGACGUGCUGCCGACGCCUGUGCCCACCGAGUACCCGACGCCCGACGUGCCGCUCAGCCCCGAGGCCAACCCCAACUUCGCCGGCCGCGGCCAGAUCGUGGCCUUCGCCGUGCUGGCCGUAGUGACCGCUGCGCCCCAGUACAGCGCGCCGCAGCAGGGGUACGGCGCGCCGCAGUCGUCGGCACGUGGCACCGCACAGGGCCCCGUGUACGCCUCAGGGGGCGCCAACCUGCGCUCGGCCGCGCAGGGCCGCGACGCGCAGGCGCGCACCCUCAGCGAGGAGAACAUCAACAACGGCGACGGCACGUACCAGUUCAGCUUCCAGACGGACAACGGCAUCAGCCGUGACGAGCAGGGUGACACCAACCAGGUGACGGGCAGCUACAGCUACACGGGCGAUGACGGCGUGCCCGUCUCCAUCUCGUUCGUGGCCGACGUCAACGGCUUCCAGCCGCAGGGUGACGUGCUGCCGACGCCUGUGCCCACCGAGUACCCGACGCCCGACGUGCCGCUCAGCCCCGAGGCCAACCCCAACUUCGCCGGCCGCGGCCAGGCCCAGCCCUCGUACUCGACGCCCGCCGCGCCCAGCCGCUUCUACGGCGCCGCCUAG